AAAUCGCAUCAGAGCGCAGCGCUGUUCCAGUGGCUCGCUCUAUGCUCCUCACAAGCUAACGUUAGCUAGCAAGCUGUCAAGCUGUCUAGUGGAGAGGCUGGGACGGACGUUUCAGCUUCCCCCUGGCUUGACCACACAAAUCUCCGGCUCAUAGAUUCCCAAGAAAAUCUUUUGAAAAUAUAUCUACGAUCGCCAGCUGAGAUAAUGUAAUGCAUCACGGGCGCACGCAAAGAGGGACCUCCGCACUUACACAAUUUCUAUGAGUCUUGUGUGACGACUGCUCAUUGCUAGCUAACUGGCUAGUUAGCCCAGCGAAGCCGUCACAAACCCCCUAGUUUCGUCGGUGUACAGUCUCCGGUGUGAACUGAGGCGAUUCGGUCCUUGUCACUUCCACAGACUCUGUUGCUGUCAACUGGUAUUUCGGAUAUUUGGUGUUAAGAGAGGCGCAAUGGGUGCAUUUCUGGACAAACCAAAGAUGGAAAAAUACAAUUCCCGCGGUGAGGGCAACGACCUGAGGUAUGGGCUCAGUAGCAUGCAGGGUUGGCGAGUGGAGAUGGAAGAUGCACACACAGCCGUUAUAGGCCUGGCCCACGGUCUCGACCCCUGGUCGUUCUUCGCUGUUUAUGACGGGCAUGCUGGCUCUCAGGUGGCCAAGUACUGCUGUGAGCACCUGCUGGAGCACAUCACCACCAACUCAGACUUCCAGAGUGCUUUGCAGGAGGACCCCUCCGUAGAGAGCGUGAAGAAUGGGAUCCGCACAGGGUUCCUGCAGAUUGACGAACACAUGCGAACCAUCUCUGAGAAAAAGCAUGGUGUGGACCGCAGUGGUUCCACUGCAGUGGGAGUGAUGAUCGCUCCCAGCCACAUCUACUUUAUCAACUGCGGCGACUCAAGGGGCCUCCUCAGCCGGGGCGGAGCUGUGCACUUCUUCACGCAAGAUCACAAACCCAGCAACCCUCUGGAGAAGGAAAGGAUCCAGAAUGCAGGUGGCUCAGUCAUGAUCCAGCGAGUCAACGGGUCUUUAGCUGUAUCCCGGGCUUUGGGAGACUUCGACUACAAGUGUGUGCAGGGAAAAGGUCCGACAGAGCAGCUUGUGUCCCCGGAACCCGAAGUCUAUGCGAUAGAGAGAUGCGAGGGCGAAGAUGAAUUCAUUAUACUCGCCUGUGAUGGCAUCUGGGAUGUCAUGGCCAAUGAGGAACUGUGUGACUUUGUCAGGUCAAGACUAGAGGUGACCGAUGAUCUUGAAAGAGUCAGCAAUGAGAUUGUUGACACCUGCUUGUACAAGGGGAGCCGAGACAAUAUGAGUGUUGUUUUAAUCUGCUUUCCUGGGGCACCAAAGGUCUCUCCAGAGGCAGUGAAACGGGAGGCUGAGCUGGAUAAAUAUCUGGAGGGGAGAGUAGAAGAGAUUCUUAAAAAGCAAGGGGAUGAAGGUGCCCCGGAUUUGGUCCAUGUCAUGCGGACGUUAGCAUCUGAGAGCAUCCCUAACCUCCCUCCCGGAGGAGAGCUGGCGAGCAAACGAAGUGUUAUUGAAGCAGUCUAUAACAAGCUCAAUCCCUACCGAAGCGAUGACACAGACUCUGCGUCCACAGACGACAUGUGGUAACACACCCUCCCACCACUAACACAGCAUAGAGUUUACAACCCACCAUCCUCUCAAGACCCAUAGCAGCUCAGCUCAGCAGUCUCUGUCUCUACGUCACUCUGAGCUCUUGGUUUCUAAGAAGGGAAUUUCAUGGGAGGAGGAGGAGGAGGAAGAGGAGGAAGAUGAGGAAGAUGAGGAAGAGGAGGAAGAAGAAGAAGAAGAAGAAGAAGAGUUGCAUGCACACAAACCUGGAAUAGUGCAGCACCAGUCCACUCUGGAGUUCAGGAUCCCCACCCUCUUGUCUCCCCCUUUAUGUUCACCCAUCUUAAUACUCUCUUCUAGUAAUCCAUAACAAUUGAGUCUCCAAGGUUUUCUUCCUUUUUGUUAAAUAAUCAGCUUAAGUAGUAAGAUUUUUUUUUUUUUUUUUUGCUGUAAUUAAUUUGAUUCACAUUUCCUUGUGUGUUUGUAUAUUUCUGUUUUUGUGAAGUGCAAUUGUCCUGUACAAACAGCCUGUAUUUAAUGCAGCUUGAUUUUAAGUUAAAAAAUGAAAGAAAUGAAAAAGAGAAUCUUUUAUGCACUAUCUGCCUUUUCCUGCUCUUCUGGAAUUGUAACAAAAGUCUAUUCAGUGAAUAUUACUGCUUGUCCUCCAGGCACAAUGUCUCUGCGCUUUUACUUCCCUUUUCUUUUAUUGUCUUCUUUUUAAUUAGUCUAUGCUCUUGUUUUAAAAAACGGGUAAAUUGUAUAGUUGACAGCACAGUAAGCUCUCUAUAUCAAACCAUUUGAAUCCUAAUUAUUUUUUUUUCCCUGUGCUUUUUUUUUUUAUUGUCUUUUAUUUUUGUAAGUGGUUUUCUCAACAUGCUCAAUUAAUAAUUGCAAAGUGUUUCUCAGUCAUUUUGGAAUUUUUAAGCGACAAAUAAUUUCAAUUUUUGUUCAUUCCUCAAAAUCCUUUUUUUUUUUUUUUUUUUGUUUAAGCCCCCCCUCGACACGUCUGUCUGCAAAUAGAUUCUUAGGAGCGUGAAUGGGUGCUUUUGCGUCUGUGUGUAAAGGCAGAUCUCUAUGUGCAACUCUAAUUUGAAUUUGCUGCGAGGGUUCAGACUACAGAGCUCCAGUCUAAGGGACUUGCUCUCCCAAUGCUUACCCGUUUUUUCAUUUUUUUUUUUCAGCUUGUGUUCUUAUCAACCCAAAAAUAAGCUUUCACUACUUCUUAUUCCAAAAAGCUUUGGAUAACAGAGUUUACAUGCUGUUAUGCUGUGUGAACAACUUCAAGCUAUAUAUCAGAACUAUACAGUAACCUGAGAUGACACAAGUAGUUCAAUUUACCCAUGUUCUACAAGACUAGUUUACACAUUGAUUGUGUCAUUUUUAGAUAUUGGUUUCUAAGCAUAUAUUACCAGUGCCCUCUGUGGGUGCCAUAUGAUUUAUAAUCACCUGUUUCAGCUUUAUGACAGCCUAUGCCAAGUUUCUUUUUCAUGAGAAUCUUUUUUUUUUUUUUUUUUGUGGUACAGAUAGAUUUUUAGCCUCUAACAUCUAGUAAUCUGACUGAUGUGAACAGUUGAAUCACUGACUAUUUUAAAGAAAAGCACCUAUUACCAGUCUGAUCAUAGGAAAAAAAACAACAUACAAGAUAUUGACUCUAAAGCGUAUAUAUAUGGCUAUUUUUAUUCUUCACUUGGUCUUCAGUUGGACAUUCAAUCCAAGAACAAAUCUGCCAACAGCAGUGAGUUAUCAUGGUUGUAUAGCACCUUUUUAUCCCUUCAGCCCCCCCCCCUCAGCACCACAAGCCACAGCACAAUACAGUUCGCUGCUGUAGUGUUUGACCUGUGUGGUUUUUUUUUAGUUUUCAGUGAAUUUCCCUUCUUCUUCUUGAAAUGAUCAAUAGUUUAAAUAACAGUAGAUAUAUUCCUUGAAGAGAGAUGGUUUUUAUUUCCGAUUUAUUUUCUGCUGGGGUUUUAUGUCUAAAAUUUGCAUUGUUGGAAAUUUAUGUAUGUAUAUAUUUUUGACCUAAACUUUCAAGGAAUAAAUCGUGUCGCUUGAGUUAGUUUUUUGACAUGGACAAAAUGUGAUGUUGGUUUGUCUUGAGAUGGUUAGUUGAUUUUUUUCUUUGGCAAACAAAGCGUUCCCCUUAAUCACUUCAGGUUCCCUCUAAUCAACACUUUGGGUUUAAACUGUUUCUUUAACUAAAUAUACAAUAAUCAUUUACAACAUUUGUAAAUCUUCAUUUAUCGUAAUGACAAUCCUAACUAUUUCACCGCAUUUAAGUUUCUCAUAUUUAAUCUCUUCCAAACACACCGUAAUCUUAAAUUGUGAGAUUUAUAUACUAUUUCAGUGAAAAAGACACUCCAAAAAAAGUGACGAUAAAAAAGAAGUAGAGCUGUAACCCUGGAGAAAAAAAAUGUGUUAAACUGCUAAAGAGUGAUGUUAACUUUUCCAGCUUCUCAUGGUACUCUGUGACGGUCCUGCUGUAAUCGUUUGACGAGUUGCUCCUCACUCUACAGCACGGCCACGAGGGUGGUGUCAUGGCAACGAGCCACGAAAAAGACAACAAGCUGAUGUAGAAAGGUCAGGUUUUAAAAUAUUAAGUGAUAUUAAAAUAUGGAGUGGCAUUGAAGAUGUUGAAUGUAAACUGUUGGUAGAGGAAGCUCCACGUGGUACCUUUUUUUUUUUUUAAACAAACCCGACAAAUGGCAUGAAUCACAUAGUUAAAAGUGUAUAACAUAGAAGUGUAUUUGCAUAAAAAUGGGGUUUUACUGAAUUUCCUGUUGAUAAAAGAGCAAAAAGUGUAAAUGCAACCAAAAACAAACUAAGCAGUAAACAAGUUGUUUAAUUCACUUCUUUUGGCGUGACAGUAUUGUUUCUCUCACCAGCACAUACUGUCCUCACAACACGUAACAUUAAAUGCUUCACGGUUGUUUAUUCACUUUGAAGAAAAAAUGUAAACUGUAUAAAAAUGCCUUUUUUUACUUAGAUGAGCAGUUUUUAUUUUUCUUGUAUAUGUUUAGUGAGUGCACUAAAUGUCUCCCUAAUCAAACAUUUCAUUUUUUCUUUGCGCUUUAUUAAGGGACAAACCAUCUUUCUUUUACUUUUCUGCAUUGCCAUAGAGAUUUACCAUACAAGAUGUGGCCCUUAAGUUUAGCUGGUUGCUGACCAGUGUUCAUAACAAGCCACAGAAUGAAGAAAUCUCCAAACAACUUUUUAAUAUAAAAAAAAAUUACUGUAGCUGCAAUGUUAUUAGCUUCAGAUAUUGACCGUACGUUUCCUGUUAUUAGUCACAUCUGGACCUUUUGUUUAAAUUAUGUAAAAUAUCCAUCUUAUCCCUGUUAUUCCCACAAACAAACUGAACAACAACAAAAAAUAACAUCCCAUGUGUCUCCUUAAGUUUAUUCUGUUUUAAUUUGUCAUUAACUAAAAUACCUCAUGACUUUUACAGGAAUAGUUUUCAUCUUGUGUUUGGAGACCUUUUGAAGUCAAAUAAAAGCUUCUUUUUUUUUGUGGUCCUUCCCCAGAACUUGUGACUUGUAACACUGCUCUAUAUGAGCGGAACGACCCUGUGCUGAAGUACGUUAACAAAACAAGUAACAGUUUGCGACUACAAAUGACAACAUAUUUUAGCCUUGUCCUAGAUGCUAACCCGCGAAUGCUCACCUGUGUGAUUUCCCCAAUUUGUCUAACUGUGUGACGCUCACUUAGCUCAAAUGUAGAAUUGUAUGGAGAGUUCAGGGUUUAAUAAAAGUGUGCUGUGUGUGUGUGUGUGUGUGUGUGUGUGUGUGAGAGAAGUGGCUAAAUGACAAAAGUCAUACGCACUGAUCAUCUGUAUAAAAUGCUUCGUAUCAGAAAACUGUUAUUGUAGAAAAAAAAGAAGAUUAUAAAGCUAUUUAGAGAGUUACCUCUGGUUGCCUGGAUCUCCUGGUGUGUAUUCCCACACGGAGGACUACCUGGCACACCGUCAAGAGAUUUUAAAUGCUCGCGCCCUCUUGUACAUAUCGGUGUACCUCAGUUGUGGCGUUUUACUGUGUGAUCCCCGAUCAGUUGUGGUUUAUUAGUCCCCUCGCAGGGUGACCUGAGCCUCACUUUGCUGACCUUUUUCAGCUCAUAAAUAAGCUCACCGAUUUGCCUUACCUGGUCUCAUGCCGCCCCCCCCCCCCCCCCCCUAAAGUACAACAAAACACUACGAGGAGGAGUAAUGCCGCUCACAUUUCACUCCAAUAGAGUAAAAACUAUCCCCAUCUUUGGGUACUUAGGCUUUCAACCAAGUGACUUCGUCAUGGUUGUCACAUGAUACAACUUUUCAACCAUUGCUGGUGUGUGUGUCCACCCGCGCCCCCCCCCCCCCCAUGUUACCUUAUUGAAUCUCCGUUUUUAAAGCUUAUUUCAUUUAUUCACUGCAGAUGAUGUCAUACUUUUUAACUAAUGCAAGUGUUUUAACAUGGUAACCUCGUAAGUAUUCAAAAUGUGCAUACAUACCUUCAUGUCUGCUCUAUUUAUGAUUACAUUCAAGAAUAGCUUUAGGGUGCUGUAGAUAAGUAUCGUCAAUGUCGAUUCAAAUGCUUCUCAAAGGCCUUUGUGAGUGAUUUUACAAAGUUCAAUAACUGUAUAUUUUGUAUUAUGUUCUAGCUCCACAAGGAAUGGCAGAAAAAACAGAACGUGUUCAAAAAAAGCUUUGUUCCCUGAACUAAAUUGUACUAUUUGUGUUGUCGAUUGAACAAAUUGCAUUCCUUGCUUGUGAAUUGAUGCUUUUUUUCCUCCCUGCUCCUUACAUUUUCUCCCUCCUUUCCCUCCUUUCUUUCAUUUUUUAGCCUUUGAAGUUUGAAUAAAAUUUCUAGUUUGCAGAAUGUAUUACUAAAUAAAUGGGUUGUCAUCUUGUACCUCUAA